UCCUACGCGCUUCCACCUCCCACUUUGACUCAUACUUGUAGGCGGAACAUAAGCUAAUCAAAUUUCCUCAAAUUGCAUUUGCCGUCCAUGACCAAGUUGCAACUUUUAUAAGUGAUUUCAAAGGCAAACCAGAUUACAGAUCUGCGAGGAAAACAGUCUUGAGAAGAUUAGGAUUCGGGUAAGGAUUAUCCUGCGUUGCAGUUUUGGCCCAUGGUUUAAAAGGAAUGAACUGAGAAGGGUAAAAUUGAGAAGGAUUGAAGAGAAUGGCCACAACAGGAACUUGGUGUACGAUUUAUGAUGGAGGAGAUAUUGGAGCCAUCGUGAGAGGCGGGAAACUUAUUUGCAGCAACCCAUUUGAUCAUCUCUUCACCAGAUCUGAAAUUUCUGCUGAGCACGAGACUGAUUUCAUGGUUUCAUCUGCGAAAGCCUGUGAACAAAUUCUUCCAUUCAGUAUGAAACAGGAUCCAGAUGGCGCAGAGAACGUGUCCAGCACGGCAUCGUCUCCUAGGGCUUCUGAGUACCAGAAAUACGAGCCCAGAUCUCCCAAAAGAGAGACCAUGGCUUUAGAUAACUCCUCUCAAAAAGAUGUUGAAAAGGUACAAAGUAAUUCUCCUGCAAUUAAAACCGAGGCGAAUGAUCAGAGUCCAAGCAAGAUGUGCUCGUCGCCCAAAUUAGCCGGACCAAAAAGAAGGAAAAGUCAACAGAGGAGUAUUGUGUGCAUUCCCAUGGCAGAAGGGUCAUGGAACAAACAGGGAGGGGCAGGAGUUGCCUCAGAUCUCUGGUCAUGGCGUAAAUAUGGACAAAAGCCCAUCAAAGGAUCUCCAUACCCAAGGGGUUAUUACAGGUGUAGUAGUUCGAAAGGAUGCCCGGCAAGAAAGCAGGUAGAGCGGAGUCGCACGGAUCCCACGAUGCUAGUCAUCACAUACACAGCAGAUCACAACCACGCAUCGCCCGCACAUCGACGCGCACUUGCACGAUCCUCUGGACAGAAUUCAUUGCACGAUAAAAAGGAAAAGGAGCAGCAAUUGCAGGAGGCAUUAUCUUUGUCUGUUCCAGAUGCCGCAAUUGCUACAGACAAUCAUGAUGAUGCCUUGUCCCCACCGGACGGAUUGACUGCACAACAGGAUCGAGACCACCAGGGACCUAUUAAUUCUGAGUGCCUCGAUAAUUCCACCUUGGUUGACGAAGAUCAACAUGAAUAUCUUAGUGCUAAUCACAUGUUCCACCACGAUGAUUUAUUUCAAACUUAUGGGGAUUUCCCAUCUUUGUUUCACAGGGAUUUUGCAACUCGUUCUGAUGAGGAAGACGAUUGUAAUAUGGGCGACCCAUUUAACCUCUUCGAUUGGUCCUUUUCUACCAAUGAAUGGCCAAAUUCAUGAUUUCAAGAGUUUAAACUCACUGUGUACAGUUUAAGAUAUGAACAACUUCUCCUUUUCUCUUUCUACUGAUCGAAAUCCGGUUGUAUUGAUAUCUUUCUGCUGAUCGAAAUCAUGAUGGAGCAGCAGAGGAGUUUAUAGACAACACGGCUUUGUUUCUGUUUUGUAAUGGUAAAGGAUAUAUUCAAGUAAAUUAUUAUGGUUGCAUGCAACUUGUACACUAGACAUCAAGCUGUACCACUGGGCGUUUUUCCCAAUCUUAGCAAUUUCAUAGUGUUAUUAUAUAUGCUCUUUUCUAUA